GGAAAGCAGUAAACAUGGCUCCUCAACUCUACCUCACUAUGUACAAGGAGCACUUUGCGUCUCCAGGCAGAACCAAACGAGAACCGCUUCGACCCACCUCUGCCCACCGCAGGAACAACCCCCAGCCCCGGCCGGUAAGAGACAGAUACAUGUGCUUAUGAAGAGGUUGACAGGACAGGGAAAGAUUUUAUAACUGUUGACUAUGAUUUUUUUCUGAGAAGGCAUAAUGGUAACACUUAAUAUGAACCCAACAUGCUCAAAAUGCAUCAUAAGCACAUUCAUAAAUGCAUCUAUAGGGAUUUAUAACAAUCAGUGAGAGUGAUAGUAAGCAUUUAAAACAGCUUUAAACAUUUUUUACUCAGUGAGCAUAAUGUCUGGUGAAGAUUUGGUUUAUAAUGCAUUAUACCUUAAUGCAUAAGAAAAAAAUAUGGUUUUACAAAUUUAUUAUUAUUGUAAAGCAUUUUUAUCAGACACUUACAGCAGCAAAAUGCUGCUUGUAAUUUCUUAUACAUGUGUUUUAGGAACGUGAAAAUAAUAACUUUUCAUGCUUUACCAUGUUGUGAAAAUAUUUUCUGUAUUGAGAAUUAUAGUAAUUGAAACUUAAAAAAAUGAUAUAAAGAAUUUGUUUUCUAUAAACCUUUGUAACCAGGUAAAGAGAUGAGAGUUAUAAUGUGUUAUCAAACCCCAAAUAAAAAAGACGUUUUUCUUUUUCUUUUUUUCCCCCCAAGCUGCAUUUAUAGAUGUGCUCCUGAUGCAUUAGUGGAAGUGGGUUCAUAGAAAGUGAUACAGAUAUUUUAUUUAAACUUUGACGAAUCUACACAAGAGUGAUCCCAUUUUGUAAAGAAUAUUUGAGGGAAUAAUUUAACACUUUUAUUGAAGGUGUUAUUGAAAUGAACAGUUGAGCAUCUGCCUCCUCAGACAUCCAGCUACAGAAAUCUAAUUAAUUCUUAUUUAAAUGACAAGAUAUAAGACAUAAGAGAGAAAUACAAACAAACAAAUGCGUGAGCAAACAUUUCUUAGUGGUGCAUUUAAGGCCAUCAUGACUAAUUGGGUCACUUAUUAUUGGCACUGUCUUAAAUGUUCUUCACUGAACACGACUAAGGCGUCUUAGUCUAAUUAGGGGGUUGGUUGUUUACAUUUCCUUGUGCUUGGUGAAAGCUGUGUCCCAUCUAUUAUUCAGUACUUCCCCACCAUGCCUAUUUAUUUAUCCCCACAUGAAGUAGACAGAGCUGAGAGGAGAGUACACUCAAUCUUGCGUAGAGGGAAUAAAAUCAAUGACUGCAAGACAACCGGAGAAAUUUUCUUUUUUCAUUAUUUUGAGAAAUUUCUAAGUUCAUGUUACUUAAUUUUCAUGCUGUUUCAAUAAAAUAUUACAAGGAGGGCAACCAUAUUAAAUAAAUAAAAGUUUUAUUCCAAAGUCUUCACACUAAGAAAAUACUGUAAUAUCAAUUUAUGACAGAUUGUGAGUGUUGAGAACAAAAAAAGAGCUAUUUAAUUAUUAAAACUGUUCAACAACAUUUCCAUCCCUUUUCUUCUUCCAGUAUGUGUCUGUCUUUGCUUUGCUUCUUCAGGACUUUCUGUUUCCUCGGAGUCUCCAGCCCAGCUACAAGUCCCACCGCACAACACCACACCCAAAGACCCCUGUGGACUCUGGCCGUCCUCUUUUCCCCCCUGUGGGCUAUCCAUCAUUCCACAGUCCAGUGACAACUUGUCCUGACAACCACCCUAACACUGUGGAACCAGACCACACGCCAAACCACACACCCCCUGUUUUCAACCCAUCCUCCCUGCCAGCUCUGCCCCCUGCUGAUGGAGUGCAGAAACUACAGCUGACUAAGCCUCCUGCUGGACCUGCAUUUCAGUUUAACUCGGCUUUAAAGACACCAAUGAGGUAGACUAAAAUGUAUACAAAGGUUAUGAUAGAUUCCACAUUUGGAUGGAUUGGCAGAGAAAUCCACUGUAGUGAGAGAUUCACUGUUUGGACUGUGGUUGAAACAUGAUUGAUUCUUUACAUAACUGAUAUCCAGAUAUCUACUGUUUGCUAACAGCUAAAGAUAGCAUUCAGUCACUCCCUUAGUCAGAGGCAUAAGCUAGCCAAAAUUAUAAUAAGGUACUGAACAGUUAGUGGUUUAGCCUGCUAACUUGGCAGGCAAUGCCAAGGAUAAGGGAAGACCAGGGGCACUUAACACAUUUUUAUUUUUAUUUUGGCUGCACAACUGUCACAUUAUGAGAAAAGCAAUUUUCAUUUUCAGUGUGAAAACCUUAUUUAUGUGCAUUAAUCAGAAAAGCUAUUAGUAUAUUUUCAGGGACAAUGCAUUUGUAUUCAAUUUAAUCCAAAAUAGUUCAGAUUGUUACAGUUGGUGCCAAAAGGCAAAGGAAGGGUAAAAUCCAGUGUUUUUAUUCAAGAUUCCCAUUUUUUAUGUUUCAAAUAAUAUUUUCUUUUCAAUUAGAUUAUGAAUUUAAAGCACAGGGGUAUCUAGCAACUUGGCAGCCUAUCUACUGAUGACCCAAUAUUGACUAUUUAAAAUGAGCCACAAGUAUAUUUGAACCAGAUAGACUGGCCAGCUGAUUAUUAAACUACUUUCUUUAACAUAUCUGUGAUAGAAUGAAUACAAUUAUGUAAACAGACCAAGACAAUGCGGUUAUUAAGAGAUAACACUUAUGACAGUUUUGAAACAACACCCAUGGUUUGAUUAAAAAAGGAAGAUAAUUAUAAAACCUUUUCUAAAACAUAUGUUCAAAUCGAAAACAUCAGUACUUUUAAUUAAAUCGUGUUUUUUAAUAGUAACACUGUAAAAAAUUACCUCCAAUCACAGCAUUGCAAUUGCCCUUGAUUUGGCAGGCAUGAUGCUUAUACCAGCUGGUAAUACUUAUGUUAGCUCAAGUUUUAAUUUUAAUUUUUAACAAAUAGCUUUGGUAUGAAAUUGAACCAUAUCAAGCACCCCAGCUGUUUACUUGUUGGCCAAACUCCAUUAGUUACAAUUGUUUUUGUUCCACUCAAUACCUGCUACAAGCUUGUCAAAAAGUGAGAUGAUAGGAAAGCUGUAAAUUCCUAGGGAUGGGUUAACAGGGUUAAAUGUUAAUUUAGGCCUCCUCUUUGUAUUGUGUUACUCUAUCAAACAGUACUGUUUUCUGGAAAGCUGUUGCAUAUUGAAUUUCCCCUCGGGAUUAAUAAAAGUAUUCUUAUUUUAUCUCAUCUAAUCUAAUGUUAGCUGUUUUUUGUUUAGUUUUGGCUUUUCUUUAGAUGCCCUUGGGUUUACAUUUGUUGUCUUAUUUAAGAUAUAUGCCAGAUUAAUUCCUGUCUUGAUUUUUACAACUGGUAAAACUUUAAGACUUCUGAGAUUGUAACAAUUCGUCAGAGUCUAUGCAUUUACGCGGUACACAUCAUUACGGCAUUGUUACAGCAUUGAAAAUCAAAAUGCACUCUAUUUUCACAGGAAAAAUACUCAGCUCCAGAGAAGGCCCCAAACUGGCAACCCUCUAGCACCUCAGCACCUCUUUUUGCAGACACAGUACCGGAGGUCUAGCUCCAGUAGCAUCCUGGAUUAUAGGUGCUUAAUGAACUUUGCAUCAUAAAUUUAUGUCUUGGAGAAAGAUGUCUAAAUGUGCUGUAAUGAAGGAGUUGUAAUCUUUCCUCUGAUGGUCUCUCAACAGUGGGUGCUACAGCUGCUUCCAUGUGGUGAAGCCUUACCAAGCGGGGCACUACAUCAUACACCCAGAGUUUGUGUCUGAGUGCCUUCGUUAG